AUGUUUUUACUUUUAACCGGCUUUUCUCUCUCCGUAGAGAAGCAGCUCCUCAACCACACAUUUGAAGUCAGAGGAGACUACUCCUAUGAGACAUAUUCCUAUGAAGAAAACUUCGAAGCUACAAACUCUUAUGAUUUUGACUUUGAUUUAGACGUUAACGAAGGUGAAUAUGAAUACAGAACAUACUACAGACCAAGUUACGAAAGCAACAAUUUCAUUUAUGAAUAUGAUGAGAAUUAUUAUUAUCCAGAAUACGAAAGCAACUACAUCGAAUACGUCGAUGACCCAGAAUCUAACGAUAUCGAGUACUUCGAUGAUGAAUACGAAUCCAACGACUACGAAUAUGCUUUUGAAACAAAUUUCAAGGCACCAAAAGUAGUUAGAAGAGCUGCUUCCGCUGUCAGAAGAGCUGCUGCUCCAGUUCGUCGUGCUGUCCCAGUCCGCAGACCAGCUCCAGUUAGAAAACCAGCUCCAGUCCGUAGACCAGCUCCAGUUCGCCGUGCUGCUCCAGUUAGAAAGCCAGCCCCAGUCCGCAAGCCAGUCCAGGCUAUUAAGAAGGCUGUUGCCAAGGCUCCAAUUCGCAGACCAGUACAAGCUGUCAAGAAGGCCGUUGCUAAGGCUCCAGUCAAAGCAAUUAAGAGGACAGUCUCACAUCCAGUAAGAGCCGUCAAGAAGGCCGUUGUUCAUAAGACAACUCCAAUUCGUCAUCCAAUUCAAACAGCAAAGAAGGUUGUUGCACGUGCUCCAACACCAAUCCGCCAUCCAGUACAAACAACCAAGAAGGCCGCUACAACAGCUAUUCGUUCUGCCCAGAAAACAGUCAAAUCCGCUCAAAAGGCUACUUCCCAUGCUGUCCGCACAGCACAGAAGGCCACAGCCCAGAAGGUCCACUCCGUACAGAAGGCUGCUGCUCGUACAGCUCAAACAGCCAAAAAGGCCGCUGUCAAAUCCAUCAAAUCUGCCCAAAAGUCAACAUCUCAUGCCAUCCAUUCCGCCCAGAAAGCCACAGGCAAGGCCGUUCAUGCCACAAAGAGAACAGCCGCUCAUGCCGGAAAAGUUGCCCAUCAUUACAUCAGAUCACGCUAUGUUCCACACGACAAAGUCACUGUCAAGAGGAAAUUCGUUGACAUUCCAGGCGGCAAGGAAUUAGUUACAGAGAAAACCAUCAAAUCCCCAGGUGGCAAGAUCACAAAGCAGAGGUCAUUGACAGAUUUCACACUCCACGGUGUCAAGCGCACAACAACAAAGACAAUCAAGGACAAGACAUCUACAAAGACGUCAGUCACCAAAUCAGGCUUGUCCACAGAUUUAAUUGGUGUUGAACGCAAGGCCACAAAGGUCACACGCCAAAAGGAUGGAACAACAAGAACAACAAAGACAGAACAAGAUUUCUCAACAACAAAAGGUGCCGUUUUAGAUGGUCAAACCACUUUCAGAACAAAGAAGGGCCAGACACAUACAGUCCGUGGUGGAUUGUCAUUGACAGACAAAGGACUCAAGGGUGACACAUCAUACGAAUACUCCAAGAAGAAGGGAGAUUCCCACAAGAUCGGAUUAGAUGCAAAAGUUGAUACAGAAGGUAUCACAGGAAAAGCUGAUUACACAAGAAAGACAAAGAAACAAACAACAACAGUCGGUAUCCACGGAGGCGCUACAUUAGAGAAAGGAAUCCACGUAGGCGGUCAUGGAAAGCACAGACAAAUGACUAAGCAUGGAUAUGUAGAACACUCAGCAAGUAUGACUUUAGGUGAUCAUUACGUAGAUGCUGAUUAUGGAAAAGUGACAAAGAAAGGUAACAAGAAAGACACAUUCAAAAUUGGUGGUGCCGUUGGCGCAACAACAGUUAAAGGCCAUGUUGAAAAAAUGAAGGAAGACAAGAAGGGAAAGCACGGAUUCAAAGUUUCCGGCGGUGUUUCCAAGGAAGGUGUUGAUGGAGAACUUUCUCUUAAGGAUGGAAAGAAAGAUUUCACAGUAAAGGGUGCUGCUGGAAAGAAGGGAGUUUCAGGUGAAUUCACAGCUAAGGAUGAUAAGAAGGGUAUCUCUGUACAAGCUGAAGCUUCAAAGAAAAAAGUUGGUGGAAAAGUGACAGGAACAUAUGGAGAUCACGAAGUUACUGUUGGAGGAAGUGUUGGAAAGAAGGUUAAGGGUGAAAUUUCUUACAAGCACGGAAUGGUUAAGGUAGGAAAGAAGUCUCCAGGAGAUCACGCUGCUCCAAAGACAGCACCAAAGCAUGCUGCUCCAAAGACAGCUGUAAAACCAUCUGCUCCAAAGCAUGCUGCUCCAAAGACAAAGCCAAAGCAUGCUGCUCCAUGGCCAAUCAAGCCAAAGGCUCCAGCUUAUCAGCCAAAGCAUGCUGCUACAACUCGUAGAGUUGCAUCAAAGGCAAGAUAA